AUGGCUUAAGAAAAUGUUAUUAAACAUAUGUCAGAAUGUCCAUAUCAAUAAGUUUCUUGUAAAUGUGGAUAAAACAUAUAAAGAACAAAUCUAGAAUAACAUGUAUAUCUUUCUAAAUUAUUUAGAAAAAUAUAUGUGUUUAUUAUUAAACCUAAAAUUGUCUUGUGUGCAAAUAAAAUUUGAAUAUGGAAGAACUAAAGAAUCAUAAAUGUUUAUUAGAACUUUAAUAAUUAGUAAAAUAAUUAUAAGAGAAAUUUUAAGAUUAUAAAGAAGAGUCUAAUUUUGCUAUUAUAGAAAUUAAAAAUUAAUAGAAUGAAAGAAAUAAUUAAUUAUCUUAAGCUAAAUAAUAAUUAUAAAUUCUAUAAGAUGAAAAUAAAAAAUUAUAAAUUGAACUAUAAACUAAAUUAUUGAAAUUUAAAGAGAAUAUAGAAAAAAUAGAUUAAUAAAGAAAAUAAUAAAAUGAAAUUUAAUAAUAAAAAUAAUAAGCAUAAGUCAUUUAGAAUGGAGAAUUGAUUGAUAGUAAUUAAAUGUUAUGUGAAAAAAAUCAUAAAUUAAGUUUUUGGAAAAAACCAUAAGGUGAAGAAAAGAAAAAGAAUUGUUUGAAAUGUUAAAAGUCAAAUACUACUUGUAGAUAUUAUUGUCAAUAAUGUUUAAUCUUUAUUUGUUAUAAAUGUGUGUUUCCUGAAAUAAAAUUUGAAAAAUAAUCAAUGAAACCUUACUGCCCUUCUAAACAUUAAAUGAAUCAAAUAAACGAUGAUUUUAGAUGUUCUGCCUGUGACAAAAAAGGAGAAGACAUGAUUUAACCAAUUGCUUUUUAAUGUGCUUAAUGUGAGUUCCGAAUAUGCUUAUAAUGUAUUAAAAACAAAAAAUUUCAAGAAAUUAAUUGA